AUGGAACACCCAGCAUAUACACUAGCUGCUUUGACCGCUUUUGGCGGUGCUAUGGGGUUUGCCCGUAAGGGUUCCAAGCCUUCAUUGUUAGCAGGACUGGCGUUUGGGGGAAUCUACGGAUACGCCGGAUACCUACUAAGCAAGAACGCAGACGGCGGGUUGGAAAUUGCGCUUGGUGCCAGCACACUGAUGUUGGUGACAGGUGUUGCCAGAGGCAUUCCAUCUCGGUUCAGAAAGCCCGUUCCAUUGGUUCUGACCGUUUUGGGUGGUUUGGGCACUGCGUACUACACCAAGAAGUACAAAGAGUUCUACUGA